GGCCUUUGGACUUGCGAUCGUCCAGGGGCCAUGCGAGAUCUGCAGAGGGGCUGUGCAAGAUGCGGACAUCCAAGCUCUCGCAGGAAACCACCCGUAUCUUCAACGCCUUGUCCCCGAACGCUCGCGCCGGCCGAACGACGAGGAGCUCGAAACGACUGGCGUCUUUUGCGCUGGGUUACGAUCCCGACGUGGAGGUGAAAGAAGAAGGUGAAACAUCGGUGGAUGAGGCGGGCGCGGACGUCGCUCCAAGCGCAGAUAUUGAGGACAUCCUAAGCUCGUCAUCGCGCUCGAGCAGAAAAAGAAAGUUAGGUUCAGACUUGCCGUUCACUUCGACUGUUGUUUCAACCACAACCACCGAAUGGACCUCGCCGCGCAGAAUCAAGAAGGAGGAGGACGAGGAGGAAGAGGAGAAGAAAGAAUCAUCGCCCAAUGGGCGUGCGAGAUCAAAACCAAAAAUACCGGCACGGAGGACAACGUCGCCAUCAGGGACAGUGCGAAUACAUCCCCCUUCCAACUGGGUUGAGGUGUACGAUACAAUCAAUGCCAUGCGGCAAAGGAAUCCAACUGCUCCAGUGGACACCAUGGGUUGUGAAGAGCUCUUUUGGCCCGCCGCUCCGCCACGGGAGAAACGCUACCACAUCUUGACAAGUCUAAUGCUAUCCUCUCAGACAAAAGAUACGGUGACGGCAGUCGCGAUGCAACGCCUACACACAGAAUUGGUUCCUCAGUCUCCCACUCCAAAGGACGAAGUACAACAGUCAACCCUCACAGUCGACAAUAUUAUCGCCUGUGACCCAAAGCAUCUUGACAGUCUGAUCGGCAAAGUCGGCUUCCACAACAACAAAACAAAAUAUAUCAAGCAAGUCGCGACCAUCCUUAAACAGGAAUACAACUCCGACAUCCCCAACACGAUAGAAGGUUUGAUUCGGCUACCGGGAGUGGGUCCGAAGAUGGCGUACCUCUGUAUGUCUGCGGCAUGGGGGAUAGAUGAAGGGAUCGGCGUAGAUGUCCACGUCCACCGCAUCACAAACCUCUGGGGCUGGCACAAAACGAAAACUCCGGAAGAGACGAGGGCGUGGUUGGAAGGCUGGCUCCCUCGGGACAAAUGGCAUGAGAUCAACAGGAUGCUUGUGGGUUUAGGGCAGACGGUGUGUCUGCCUGUUGGGCGGCGGUGUGGCGAGUGCGACCUUGCCGGGACUGGCUUGUGCAAGGCAGAGAUACGGGGUUGGAAGGCUACGGAGAGGCGAGUGAAGAAGGAGAAAGUGGAAGUAGACACCGAGGAGGGCAUCGAGGUCUUGAAGACGAAGACAGAGGACAGUCAGAGGGUGGAAAUCAAAGAAAUGGUCGAGGGAUCAUUAUGAAGCUUAUCGAAAUGGUAAGAUUUUCCCUCCCUCUCCCAAAGACUGAAAAGGCCGGCUCUCCCCAUGAUUCGACUACAUCAUCAAUGCAGUAUGCCACCAUCCUGAGUCCUAGUAUUAUGUCUAUGAGACCAUAAACUCCGUAUCUACCAACAAGGAAUGGUGACAGUGUGAGAUAUGUGGUGUUCUCGGAAGCAGCCCCAUAAUCACUCAUGCUUGAUAAGCUGGCGGAGGCUCAAACGGCUCAACAGCCUUGCCGACAACAUAUGCCUGAGCGGGAAAUUUGAUCUGGGUGUUGGAAAGCCUUUGGGCAUCCCAGCCUGAAGGUCGAUGAGAUCGAAGGCGGUCUCUCGUUGGUCGAUUGUCCGCGGUGCGAACAGCAUGCUGGCUUCGACGCAGGCGGUCAAGUCUUUCCUGCCGUUUCCUUGGUGUGUUGAGCAGACAGAGACAGCCUGUCACGGAGAUGAAGAGGACGACGAUAAUACAAAUGCUGGUAAUGCCGGUGGUGCUGAGAUUGAAGCCAGCGUCGUUGCUGGAGAAGUCGCGUUUG